AAGCCCCCCCCCCCCCUUCCUGCCCUCCCUCGAGCUUAGGUUAAGUUUGCGUGUCAGGCAUUGGCCUCCAUCGGGCUGGUGGUUUAAUCAAAUGUGGCAUAGGCACAAGACAUGUUAGCAGCUUGAUUAGAAUCGGGCGCCGAACGCACCACCCAACCACCGCGACUGGCACCGCGGCAGAUGACAAAUCGACAACGCUUCCAGCUCCGAGUGCCGGAUUCCCAGUCAGUUGCCCGCAACAUGUCGACCCGUGCCAGUGGCAGCAACAGCUCCUUUCGAAGCCAGCGCUACACCAACGCCGGCGGCUAUUACCAGGGCCGUUGGCUGCACGGCCAGCAUCAUGGCUAUGGCAUCAAGGCCACGGGACGCGGUCUCAUCUACGAGGGACAAUGGCUUGGCGGCCAGCGUCAUGGCUAUGGCACGCUGCGCCGCCUCGGCCCGAACGGACACGCGCAACGCAUCUAUGUGGGCCAAUGGUCGGCAGAUGUGCGCUGCGGCGAGGGCAAACAGGAUUAUGAGAAUGGCGACGUCUACUACGGCCAGUGGCUGGGCAACGUGCGGCACGGACGCGGCAUACAGUGGCAGCCGGAUGGCAGCAUUUAUGUGGGCGAGUGGCUAAAGGAUGCCAUGCACGGCCGUGGAGCGCUCUGCUCAGCCAAUGGCAAUCGCUAUGUGGGUGAGUUCGCGAACGGCUGCAAGUCCGGCAGGGGCAUCUACUAUCACCAGCAAGAGGAGGGUCAGAGCGUGCCGCAGCACGGCCUUUGGAGCGAUAACAUGUGCCGCGCCUCGCUGCUGCCCAUCAAGAGCGCCAAACGGAAUCUAUGAGUGUAACAUUUAUUGCUGAAUAAUACAUAAAAUGAAAAAAACGGAUCAAAAAA